AUGGAAUACCAGCUCGGGUAUGACACCCUGGGGUGCUGCAACCAACACCAAGAAGGUCCCCAGGAUGCCGAGGACUUCCUAUUCCUGCUGCUGGGCCUCAUCAUUCUUGUUAACAUCGGGAUCAACAUGGCAACUGCGAUGUGGAAUGGACUUCAGAAUGCCUUAGACAAGAUAAUCUCUUGGAUUAAUCAGAAAAAUGAAGUGCCGCAGGCUUCUGCAAGUCCCCCGAAAGACCCCCCAGCCCAGGACGUCCACAUCCACUGCAGCCUGGACCCUGUAGAAGUGAAGCUAGCCCGGCCGACCCGCUGCUGCUCCUCCAACCACCAUCACAGAAAACGCCGCUCCCCCUACCACCAAUUCAAGCGCAGCCGCCGCCGCCCCUACCGCCCCCACCGCCACCACCACCACCACCCCUGCAACCAGCAGAGGCAGAAGAACCCAAGACAAUUCCCUAACAACAGCCCAGUCUUUUGUAGCCAAAACCACAACCACAAGAUGUCACAGCUGCAGCCGAUGCCCUCCUUUGAUCAGGAGGACCCGGACUCCUACCUGGAGGAGGAAGAUGACCUGUCCUUCCCACAUCCCAAGUACCCCCAGGGGCGUUGGGGGGGCGGGGUUUACCAGCAAGUGGGCUUGCCCUCCAGCUUGGGGCUGUGGGGCCGCCAGGGUGGGAUCCUGGCCAGCCUGCCACCGCCCUCUCUCUACCUGUCACCUGAGCUCCGCCGCAUGCCCAAGCGUGUGGAGGCCAAGUCCGAGCUGAGACUGCAGUCCUACAGACCCCCUUGCUCCCAGUCCCACAUCUGGAGUAAUGUGGAGGCCGAGGAGUGGGUUUCGCCACCACCUCCCCGCCGGCUGACCCCUAACUCCUGUGGGGUCUCUGGGGGGUACAACCCUUACCCCUCAAGGGGCCAGCUGCCGUGCGACUCCUGGGAUCAGCGGAGGCGGACUAUAGACAGCUCUGAGCCCCCAUAUGCCUUGGCGCGACGGGGCUCCCGGCCUGAGGCCCGGGAACACUGCUCCCCGCAGCCACACCGGCGCAGCUUCCAAGGCCAUGUUUACAGUCAGCCCAAUGCCCACCAGUCCACAGGACACUUGAACUACAGUUCUCGGGAUGCCCAUGAAGUUCGGCGGCGGACAGCCGAAUGGCAGGAGGUGCUGCCCACUCGGCACCCCCUGACCACCACCACUUCCCUCACCAUGUUGGGCGAGCCCGCAUACCAGCGGUGCCCAGCCAACUGCUCAGCCCUGGUCCCACGCUGCCCCCAGCCCCUGCCUGAAGUCCAGGCAGCAGACCCCGCCCCUCCUCUCCCCACCUUCAUGCCACUUAGCCGGAACCCAGGGGGAAAUGCCAACUGCCAGGUGUAUGACAGCGUAGAGUUGAAGCGACAGGUACAAGAGAGCAGAGCGAGGGCCAACUCACUGCCACCGCCUUCCACCUCCGCCUCCAGGCCCUCUCUGCACAGGACCGGGAAUGGGAAACUUUGCUGA